UGUGAAUCCGCUGUUUUAGGGUUGGCUCAGUGUUACUGCCCAAAUCAGAAUUGUUCGGCUUUGAUUUUGGACGAGUGUGGUGGGAAUGCGAAACAAUCCAAGUGUCCAAAUUGCAAAAAGUUAUUUUGCUUUAAGUGCAAGAUUCCAUGGCAUGCUUCGUUACGCUGUGGGGAAGUUAACGACGGCGCUUUUCGUGAGCUUGCUAAGAAUAAUAAGUGGAAGAGGUGUCCUCGGUGUCGCUACUUCGUUGAACGUAUUCAAGGUUGCAAAUUUAUCUACUGCAGGUGUGGUGUCAUGUUCUGCUACGGCUGCGGCAGACGAGUUAAUGGGCACUCGUGUAGUUGUGUUUCUCCGUUGUCCAUUAUCAUGGAAUUUGUGGUUCCUUCUGUUAUUAUUCUAGUUUUGUUUUUCGUCAUGUGGAUGCCCGUGUUUAUCUCUUAAAAACUAGACUUGUUCUAUUACUUUGAGGUUCAAUGAUAAAUAUUAGAAUAUUUGCUUGUUGUGUGCA